AGCGGGCGGCCGAGAAGGGCACAUGACUAAUCAGUGGGUAAUCGCCCGCCGCGCGUGCUCGGCUAUCGGCCAAUCUUGAAGCUCCGGUGCCAUAGCGACAGUUUACUCCUCCACCGCCUGACUAGUUAACCGUCUUGGCAAGAGGCCGAUAUAUUUUCCGUUCCGAUCGCUUCGUUGCUGGCUAGGACUCAUCCUACUCCUAGACCUCUGGUUGCCCCAGAUUGACCGCAGUGACCCACCUUGUCGCUGAUGCCUAUCUUUAUCGCCCCAUAUCUUGCCCUCACUCACAUGAAAUAGAUAGUUCGGUCUCUUCAAACCAAAUCAAUGUUUCACUGUGUUUAUCGAGCCUCUACUGCCUUGUACAGAACUAGAAGGAUUCCCUCAGCUCGGUAUUUCCAUCGAGUUACCGCAGACUUCUCUAACUAUGACUUGAAAGGAAAUUUGAUUACUGAGAAGGUUCCUGUUAUUGUUGGUAACCCAGGAGAAACUUACGUUUUGAUUGAUCCAGAAGUUGGCAGUGCUCUCCGUGCGGCUGCAAGUCAACUUCAGGUCUCUGCACCUGCUGCAAGUAUUCAAGAGAGAUAUAAACUUACAUUCUUUCAUGACUCACGACAUUUUGGGUUUGAAUCGUCCAGUUAUCCCCGCCUCUAUGUCCCCCGAUACAUCCCAGGCCGACCAGAGUCCAGUGUAAGCCCUGCUACGUUGUUUCUGGAUGGAAAGAUGCAUGAGAUUGUUCUUGAUGGUACUGCAGAUGGUAACAUUUAUUCAUCGUUUGGCUAUGGUUUGUCGGUUUUUAACAUUGAUAUAGCUCACUUUGCUCACAACGCAAGCGCUACUGCACGAAAUCUAGAGCAUGUAUUGGAUCAGUUGAAGGAUAUGUGAACAAUCAUUGGCUGCGGACGUAUCCAACGAAUAAGUAGUAGAUAGUUAUUGGCGUUAUUUACUAGUGGAGGUUGGACUGCGCUAUCAUAGGUUCGCCACGCCCGAUGCAGUCCAAUUUCCAGGCGGGGCUCUCCAGUUGGCUUUUCCUGUUCCCUGGUCCUCUCUAAUCUUCAAUUCCGUCAAUCGAUUCAGUGCCAGCACUCAGCCAGGAUACCAUG